AUGGCUGCUCACGAGCGUCCUGAGCGGCGAUGCAGAGCUCUGCUCGCUCUGACACUGCUCAGUCUUUGCGCCCCUGCCAGCGUCAGCGUCGAGCCGCCUCCGGGAUCUCCAGGAGUGAAGCUGGGAUCCAUGCGGUUUGACCCGCCCGAUUUGGAGUUCAACGAUGAGUUGACCUGUGUUCCUCAUCACGCGCAAGUUCGCAUCUACUGCGAUGGCUGCCACGCCAUCAUUUCAGUGGAUUCGGUCUCAUCAGACUUGGAGGCUGUCUACCCAGCACUGGUGCCAAAGAGUGGAAAGCAGCCCAAGAAGAAAGGGAAGUCACCAACCAUUGGCAUCAUGUAUGUGAUGUUUCUGGCCACUCAGCCGGGCGAAGUUCGAGGGCGAAUAUCUGUGAAAACCACAGCGGGUUUGGUUCACUACCAGGUUAAGGGCUACGCCGCCAGCAACCCAUACAAAGCCGAAGCGAUUUACAAUCUGAAGGUUGGGGCUGGCGAGGUUGUACAUCACCCACUCUCGAUCUUCAACCCCUGGAAAGAAGCCUUACAGAUCAGCCAGGUUUCCACAAAUGAGUCUUUCAUUCAGCUGCUUGCGCCUGAUGAACUUCGCCAAGUUGGCCACAAGAACAGUCCCACGGGCAGCAGCUUUAUCCUGGCCGAGCGGGCCGGUAGAGACUGGCUUGUUCCGCCAGAGGAACAUGGCAUUGUGGGCUACGCGAAGUUCACGUUGCAGCAAGGUCACUACCAAGGAUUUGUGGAAGUAAAGAUGGAAUCGGAAGUGCCACGUAUUGUGGUGCCCGUGACCCUCGGGGUAGUGAGAUCGUCUGGUAUCAAGAUAUCACCUGACAUAGUUGAUUUCCAGACGCUGGUCUCCUCUAUCCAGGCUAGAUCUAUUUGGCUUUCCGUGACGAAUCUGAACCCACAGCCGAUACAACUGCUGUCUCUUUUCGAUCCAACGCAGAAUCCGAAUCUUCAGAUCUCUGGCUUCGAUCACAAGAAAGGCAUUAGUGUGGCUUCUGGUUCACAAGUGCGCUUCGCCAAAGUGACAUACCAUGGCUCCAGAGAAGGCCAAGUCCAGGGCAAGCUACAGCUCAUCGUCAACGACACAGAUGCGGUUUCCGCGACCAUGGACGUGCCUUACAAGGCGAACGUGCUCUAUGGUUCCUUAGGUUUCAUGAACGACAAGACCAAGUUUCUGUCUACUCCAGGGAGGGUCACAUCCACGAUGCGAGCAAUCAUGGUUUCCAACAAUUUUUCCGUUCCAAUCCAAAUAAAAUCUGCGAAGAUCGAGGAUCCCAACUUCAAGAUCUCUCAUUUCCAGUCAGAUAUUGUCCUACAGCCGGGGGAGGCGACAUCCCUCAUGCACUUGGAGUACACCUCCAACGGAAGCAGUAUUCUCUGCACAAGAGACCUGGAGUUGGCGACCAAUGUCACAGCCAUGAAGAUCCCCUUGCAAGUCUACCACGGGAAGCUUCACUGUCAGGUAGAGCAUGGCGAGGUGCAGGAGUGCAGUAUGGCAACAAGUAGCCUGGCACUGGACAUGGGCCUGCUGAGUGUCUCAGAGGUCCGACGAUCUCGAAUCAAUAUCUCGAACCCGAACCCGGUCAACGUGACCAUCGAGAGUUUCAGUUUCAGUCAUCCCAGCAUCAGCCUCCACAUGGAUGGCAUCUACAGCCCCCAGGGACAGCAGAUUCGAGGAUCCAGACCAAUACCCAGGCAGUCGCACACGAAGAAAGUGCUAACACUGCAAGCCGGUCAUCGAUUAGCUUUGACCCUUGAGGUGCUAGCUCAGGAGCCCACUACUGCUAGUGCACCUCCAGUGAAUGCCAGCGUAACGCUGGUCACAAAGCGCGGCGAAAAAAUCGUCUUGAGGAUCAGGUAUGAGAGUGUAUUGGGCAGCCUCAGUUUCUCACCUGCCAGCCUACGCUUCGAAGCGUCGUUUCCGGGGCAGGUGCAGAGCCGCGUCGUGGCAGCUCGUUCUACGUUCGAGCAGCCCCUGCAGCUCAAUGCAGUCCGCUCAACCGACAGCCGGAUCACUCCAGAGCUCCUUACCAAGACCCUGAAGCCUUUGGCGCGGACCGAGGUAGUACGGGUCUACUACGACCCAGCAAAGGCGGCUUCGCUUGGGCCGCUACACGGCGCAACAGCAGCUGAGGAUGCCUCCCGUGGGGCGCUUGCUGCUGCUGUCUCCGGCGAAGCUGUUCCAUGGGACUCCCCACUGACGCUGGACUUCCUGGAGAAGUGGAUGGCCCGCCAGAAGUCAGUCACAAAUUCCAAUGGUAGAGGCACGUCAGAGAUCGAAGCGACGCUGAUAUUCGACACGAACAUAGUUGCUGGGGCCACCUUGACUGUACAGGCAUCUCUGAUGCAACCACACUCUCUAUUCGAGCCACUCCUGUCCUUCGACCUUACUCAAGUGGGUGCCUCAAAGACCCGUUGGCUGCUAGUUCAAAAUCCAUCGGAGUCUCCCUUGGCGCUGCAACUCGUGUUUCCGGUUUGCUCUGCCGCGAAGUCUCGUGGGAGCGCAGACAACGACACCCAGAUUUCUGUGUCCUCCCUGGCGCAGGAAGGGAGCUCAGCCAGCCUGGCAGCCGACUGCGCCGGUGGUAGGGCCUUCCAUCUUGGAGCCGAAGCUGAUGGCAAGGUGUGGCACGUCGAGGCUCUAGGUGAAGCCUCCGUUGGCCCGAUCAUCUUCGAGCCCUUCCAACACGCGCAGUACCGGACCACUCUGUAUGUGCGAAACAACCUCACUGCACUGCAUCAAGUCGAGCUCACGGGCCACGGUGGCUCGAGCCGCCUUGUUUUUCCCGAAGGUGUCCUGGAAUUCAACCUGACAACUGCCGACUUCGGGGCCGACGAUGUAGGCGCCUUCCAAAGUUUGGGAAAGCUUGCAGCAAGAAGAAAUCAGUCGGAUGGCAACUUCACACAUGAUGCAGAAGGUAGCGAACCUGCAUGGUUGUCCUGGUUGACCGCUUCGAAUGGCAGCCAGGGGGGCUUUGUAUCGGACGCAGAUGGCUUGGGGUCCCAGCCUUCCUGGUGGCGCCAGCAUCGACGCGUUGCCGUGACCAGAAGCCUCAUGGCCACCAACGACUGCGAGCUUCCGGUCGAGGUGACAGAAGUGAACAUCGGCGGCAUCCCAGGCUGUAGCGCUUUCGGCUUUGAGGUGCUGGAUUGCCGGUUGCCCUUUACAGUGGCUCCGCAUGAAAGUGUCGCCUUCUCUGUAUCCUUCACUCCAGAAGUUGUGGCCUCACGAUGGGCGCGGAAUCUUCGGUUCCUCAGCUCAUCAGGCAGAGCUGUGCUACAGGUGCCGCUCCGAGUGAACCUCUCCCCGGAGCUGCUGCCCAUGCUUAGCGACUUGCCGACGUCACUUCAAAUCUUGGGGGAUCAGACAGAGGCGUCUCUGAGGAGAGCUGUAGUUGGCACGGCGUUUGCUGUGUCGAUUCUGAUGUUGGUUGUUGUGGCCAUGGACGGCUUCCGAGCGCUUCGGUCGCCGGCCCCAGGACAGCUGAACAACAAGUUGUUCAAUAAUGGCGCAGCUGGCACGGAUGCCUAUUCUUCGACUGCAGCUAGAGUCGGUGACGUUGUAUCUAUGCUUUCUUGGACAAGCGUGGAUGCUUUUGCCGGAGUCGAGGAAAAGGAGCCGGUGCAGCGGGUCCAUCUUCAGGAAGAGCCGUCGGCAUCGCAGCCGUCACAACAGCGGCCUCAGCAGCCAGAAGCCUCGCAGCAAGAUCAGCUGAAGGAGCAGCAGCAGCAGUUGCAGCAGCAGCUUCAGCAACUUCAGCAGUUGCAGCAGCUCCAACAGCAGCACUUACAACAGCACUUAUCCGGUACUCAACCUGCACAAGCACGAGAAGCACGAGAAACACAAGCAUCCAGUUCCGAUGGCCCACCAGCGAAGGCCGCUGCAAAGAAUCCAAAGGCGCAGUCGGCAAACCCGACUGCGACUCCGAAGAACCAACAGAACCAGGCAAAUUCGAGCCAAGCUCAAGCCAAACAGCCCUCCAAGAAGGAAGGCAAGGGACAAGCAAAGGAGAGCGCCCAAGCCCCCAGUGUGCCCGCCAAGAGCUCAGCUCCUCCUAGCGCACCUCCAAAGGCGGCAGCUGGGCAAAGCAGUGCCAAUGCGAACAGUGACAGACGCCCCUCUCAGUCGCAGCCUCAGAAGGUGGAGGAGCCAAAGCCAAAGAAGAAGGCUGAGAAGCAUGAGACGGAGACACCACACCAAGCCAAAGUUCCGCAAGCACCUCCUGCGCAGGCGCAGCCCGUGGCAACUCAAGCCGCCCCCACCCCAGCCCCAGCUCCAACCCCAGCCCCUGCAGCUCGACGUCGCGACGAGGAGCGCGCUGAGGAGCGCCGGCGGGAGGAGGAGCGCAGGCGUGAGGAGGAAACGAAGAGAGAGAAUCAGCUUAAGCGUGCCCAGGAAGAAGCUGCAAAGAAGAAGGAGAAGGAACAGAAAGAGUCCAAGAUGAAGCGUUCUGAAGCACAGCAAGAGAGAGGCCCAACAACAAAAGCUCCGCCCAGUCACCCCCCAUCAGUACCCCCUGCUCAGCCCCCGGCUCAGCCAGCAAAGGCCCACUCACAUUCCCAGCCAGCACAACCCGCACAACCUCCCCCGCAACCACCGACUCUCCCACCAGCAGCACCACCUGUGCAGACCCAGCCGGUGCAACCCACUGCUGUUCCCCUGAAUUCUGUGAAUUCUGUUUGGAUGGACAACAAGUCUCCAAGUGAUUUCAUGAGUCAACCUAGCGGCGGUAUGAUGCAGGCGGAAGAAUCCACGUCCAUGCCGUUGCCGCCACCACCUUCCAUUCCACCACCGCCGGCGCCAAGCAAGGCAGCCGCUGUCAAGCCAAAGGCCAUAAGUCCCAUGAGUCCCAUGAGCCCCAUUCCAGUUCCGGAGAUGGGUGAAGCAAGAGGUGUACGAGCACCUCCAGGCAUUGACCUGGGGCUUCUCCUCACUGGCCCCGCUCCGGGCCUUUCCCCGCAACCUCUCCGGCCUCCACCAGGCAUUGCCAACCCAUAUGCCCCCAAUGAUCCUGGCAGCUUGGCUCCAGCAGAAGCUGCUGCAGUCUCAGCCGUGCAGGGGCUCGGGACAGACAGCUUCUUCGGAGCCCCAGGGCUGGACUUCGGGACCUUGGGUGCCAUCGGCCUGCCACCGGGCAUCGCCCCCGGCGCGCCCGGCAUGCCAAAGCAGCCUCAGCUUCAGCAGCAGCCCGGAUCCUCGAACGGGAUGCAGGACUUCUUCGACUCGUCCCUGGAUCGCCUGGGGAUGUUCAACGAGCCUGGAGCAAACUCCUCUCUCUUCUCUUCACCCUUUGGCAUGUUUGGCCCCAUCGGAGGCUACGGUGAAAGGACUUCGCCCGAUGGCAACGACUUCUUGUCGGACCUGCGAUCGGACUCAAGACGAAUGGACGGCUGA